AUGUCUCCAAAGUAUUCAAGAAAUAAUUCAAAUAACAAUGAAUGGUGGGCAGAUAUAAUAUAUAAAUAUCCACCAAUAAUUGGUAUGUCAAUAUCUGGCGGUGGAUAUCGUUCAAUGUUAAUUGGUGCUGGAUUUUUAAAGCAAUUAAAUGAUGAUAAUAUUUUUAAUACCUUAAGCUAUAUAUCAGGCCUCUCUGGAGGAAGUUGGCUAUUAACUGACCUGAUAUUAAACGAUUUCCAAGUUAAUAAUCUAUUGGCUAACUGGAAUUUAAAUGACAGUUUAAUUGGAGGGAUAAAGGAGCUUAAUUUAAAAGAAAAUGAAAUCAUAUCUAUUGAGAAACGAUCUUUUGAAAAUGACAUAAUGAAACAAGAAGACAAUUCUGUCUUUACUAAGUUUAAGGAAUAUUUUUUGAAAUAUAUUUUAGAUAAUGGUAAGACAAAUAAGGGAUCGAAAGAAGAAAAUGAUAUUUUUAAAAAAGCUCAAGAAUUAUUAAAGUUUUAUAUUCACAUUCAUGAGAGUGUGAUUCCAAAAAAAUUUCUGGGAUUUGAUAUUUCAUUUACAGAUUAUUGGUCUAAAGUGUUAAUAGAAAGAAUUUCUUCUGAGUUUUUAAGAACAAAAAACUCAUCAUCAUUAAGCCAAAUGAUAGCAAACUCAACUGGGUUUCAAAAAUUUCAAUUUCCACUUCCAAUUUUUAUAUCUAAUGGACGAAAUAAUAAUGUAAAAAAUAUAAUAUUUGAAUUUACUCCAUUUGAAUUUGGAUCCUGGGAAUUACCAGUUCAGAAAUUUUUUAACAUAAAGUAUAUUGGCUCAAAGUUCAUCAAUGGCAAAUCAGUAAAAUGUGUUUGUGGAUUCGACGAUAUUGGGUUUAUAUCAGCCACUUCAUCAUCAGUUUUUAAUAAUAUUCUAAUAUACUUUUGGGAAACCAUCUCAACAAUAUCAACUGAAUUUAUUUUUGCUACGAAUAUUAUGCUAGAUGUUUUUGGGCUAAAGCCUGACUAUAAUACUUUAGAAAAUGGUAAUGAACCUUCAAAUAUAGAUUUAAAUCUAUAUACAAACACCCACUUACCUAUUAAAUUGCCAAUCAAUACUUAUUAUGCCAUAAUAAAGCCUAAUCCAUUUUAUCAAUUGAGAAAAAAUGAUGAAACAAUAGGAGAUAAUCCAACUAAAAAUAAAAAUAUAAGUCAGGUAGCUCAAGAAACGAAUGAAUAUGUUGACAAAGACCACAUAUAUCUAGUUGACGGUGGCGAGGAUGGCGAAAAUAUUCCUUUGAGAUCGCUAAUUCAACCUGAAAGAAAAUUAGAUACUAUCAUUGUAUUAGAUUCAAGUUCUGAUAGCAAUAAUUAUCCAAAUGCAAGUAAAUUGUGUACUAUCAAUAGGCAACUAAAGGAAAAGCUUGGAGUAGAGUAUUUGAUACCUCAAGUCGACGAAUUUAUACAGAUGCCAGAAAAAAAGCCAGUGCUAAUUAUAGGCUGUGAAUUCUAUUUUCAAGACUCUAAGAAAAGAAGUAAAUUAUAUAGGAAAGUAAGCCCAAAAUACAGAGAAAAGGAAAACUCGCAUAAACCACGAUUACCAUUGUUAUUAUAUUUUACGAAUUCACACCAAACGUUUGAAGCUAAUACAUCCACCUUUAAAGUCCAAUAUAGCCAAAAGGAGGUGGAUGGUAUGCUUGCAAAUGGAAGAGCGAUACUAACCUCAAAUUAUAACCACAAAUCCGAUAUUAAGUUUAAACAAUGCCUAGGAUGUUUCUUCUUAAGUGGGAGUCUGUAUAGAUCCCCCGAGGUAACUAAGUUGCCAUAUUUUUGUUCACAAUGUUAUAAAAGAUAUUGUUAUGCAAGCCAGUAA